AUGCCGUCCAUCAAGGCGCCAGGAUGUGUUCAAGGCAGCAUCGACAACAACAAUAACAACGACAACAGCAGCACCAACAACAACGACAACGACGACGAUGACAACUGGAGCGAUGACGACGGCGGCGGUGGCGAUUACGACAGCGACGACGGCAGCGACAACGACAUCAGCGGCUACGACGACGAAGACGGCGACGACGGCAACGGCUAUGACGAGGAGGACGACGACGACGGCACCGACGACAACAACAACGACGGCAGAGAAGACGACUACGAUAGCGGGGACGACGACGAUGACGGGAACGACGACGACAACAAUGAUAACGACAGCAGCAACGACAACAGCGACAAUAGCAGCGACCAGGCGACUAGGGCGUGA